GGUGACCUGUACCACGCACAGGUUGAGAUUGACUUUGCGCUAUUCUGCUCUUCUGUCGUAGCAGUGGAAACAUACGUCCCGACGUGAAAGUCUCAAGUUUAACUGAUCUCAGACGCAUAGCUAGCCUUUUCUCAUCCCAGCGGCGUACGACACUCACCGACAGUGUGCGCAUACAUAUCAGUAGCACAUCCCCCUUGACUUGGAGUCAAUAGUGAUUUUUUUGCAUGCGGGAUAUGGUUGCGUGGCAUCUGCUCCUCGCCGCUCACGCGGUUUCCGCAACGUUCAAUUCGGCACAGCCAGCACCCCAACUUCCACUUGAUGCUCCAUCCGGCAUAAUCACUUCGCAUUCCUGGGACGAACCGAUCGAUAAAGAUGCGACUGGUAAUCUCAUCUUCCAGUCGCUUGCAUCUCUCAUGCAAAUGAUGCCCAACGCGUGGUAUCCGAACGGUCACACCAUCGUUCGUGCCAGCAUACCGCCCGGCACGCUACUCUAUCACGGCCGAAGGGACGCGGACUACCCCACCAUGGAUUGGACAUCCGUCGACCCGGAGCACUCCAUCUGGUUCUCAGUCGGGGAGAAUGGCACACUAUUCACAUUCUCCACCACGCGUGAGCUCAAGCUUUUGUACUUUGACGGGUGCAGCGCGACCAAAGAGGGCGGCGUGGUCGAUACACAAGACGUGCUCAUCUACGGAGAAGUGCCACAUGAAGAGCACUGGGGAGGGAUAGCGAGCGAGUGGCGGCGGCUCGCAGACAUGUGCGCGUGGGGAAAGCAGUACGACAUUGAUGGGUUCAUCAGAAUGCAAGCUUCCUUUGAGAUCAUGUAUUGUGAUUUCUCGAAAGGCUUGGAGCUCGUCUCCACGAUUAAUACAGUCACCGGAGGCGUAAUUUUCAAAGACCCACAAAGUUAUCGUGGAAAUCUAAUGCCGCUGGGAACGAAUGAUGAGAAACUUGAAAGCCCUUCCGACCACCUCGACCGCCCGUGGACCGACCCAACUCCUCCCCCAGAAAGCUGGAAAGGCAGCCCUCCGAAGCCCAUCGUAGGUGAGGUCUGGCAUGCAGGCACCUGGCAUAAUGCCUUCCCCGGCGACACGCGUGUGCACCUCGACUUGUCAAGCAUGAUCAUCUUCUAUGACCCUGCAUUCAGGUCCCUCAUAGAACCGCGCCGAUCUCACAAGAGGGAGGACCAUCGCCUGCUGAACAUCUCGAAGGAGGAUAUUGCAGCUGCACAGAUGGAUGUUGAUCAUGUGUUGAGGCGCGAUCCUGGGGCAGGUAGCGGAUUGGACUGGCAGAGCCUCGCACAGGUCAUUCAGGACAGAUUCUCUGAUCGGUUGCCGUACCUAGAUUACCUGCUUCACCAGCCAAUCACCAAUGUGUCCGAACAAGUUGCAGAUGUUCGCCAGCAAGUCAUCGUCUCCCUCAUCCCUUACAUGCCGCGUGCCGGCGUCGGCGAGCCAGCAUGGUACGCAGCGAUUGCUAGAGGCUGCGCCAUGAGCUUCACGUCACACCUCCCGGCGUCGCGGUUCACGAAACAGGAACAUGUACUGAAAGCGGCUGUAGACGAGGUGCUGCAUGAAGUCUGCAGAGUGUUGACCGCGACGUGGCGAGAGGCGUUUGAUAUCGAGGAACAAGACACGGAGACAGCAGAAACUCUCUUUAUGAAGUGGAGAGACAAUAUUAAGGCACUGAUAGAGUGGCUGGAUUGGCAAGCGUGGUUAGGCUGUAGUCCAGCGUGCAAUGAAGAUGAAUACUGCUUCACCCCGCAGUACAUACCCUUCCCUGGCAGCCACAGAGAUAAAGAGAACCACUUGCCUCGAUGCAUGUCGAUGAAGCCCAUAGAUCACUAUCCAGGACAGAGUUGACAUGUGAGCCUUCGCUUUGAUGUGGUGAAUGCAUCGUCGACACCGUACACGGGUUAUCUUAGGUGCUCGGGUUAUUUGAUGGGCGGAAUACCUCUUUGACUCUCUCACCUCGUGACGUCUCUAUGCGUUCAUGAUGUUAUUAUCUAUCUAGAAGUGAAGACAAUUGCGUUCUGCUUGCGAUGAAUGCCU